CCUCUCACUCUGAUGGACGGUUUAUAAAGAGCAUCAGAUUGCAUGAGCCGCUUCACUUUUCUCACAGACACCGAUUUCUCUGCACAGGAAUGAAAUCAGAAUAUCCUGAAUAAUGGGGGCCCAGGUUUCAGUCGUCAAUCAGACUCCUUAUACCUGGCACUUUGCCACCCAGGACAGAGGGUUUACCCGCGUCAAUCCUGGCAGCAGAGCACAGUAUGAGGAGAAAAAGUUAAUCCAUCGCUACAUCUACGUCAGAUAUGGUAAUCACACGUGGAACAGUUUUACGUACGAGUUUAACACCCAUAAAGGCGACGCCUCCUUCAUCUUAAGGGAAACCUUCGACCGUUCCAAGAUUCAGAUGCACUGCACCUCUGAGGGCGGCACUCAUUACUGUCCCAACUAUGGAAAAAUAGAAGAAGAUGAAAAACAAAGACAGCAAGAGGAGGAGAGAAGACGUCUGGAACGGUUGGAACGUGAGCAAAGUAUUCAACAGGAGCUGGACAGAGAGAGUGAAUCAUCCAGACUCAAGCUUUCUCGAGCAACUGAGCGGCUUCGUGAAAAACAGAGCUUCAGAGGUCACGAGCAACAUCAUGAACGCACACAAGUUCUCCAUCAGCAAAUAGAAGAUGACGCUGCUGCAAUUGAGAGGGACGAGGUUACCGAUGUUGAAGAACAAUUCAAAGACAUGUUGUUAAAGUACCAGAUCACAGAAGAUGAAGAGGUACAGCAUGACCAGAUUUGGGACAGGAUUAAGACCCUCCAGAAUGAACUUGCAGUUCAAUAUUGUAGAGAAAACAACCUUUCAGUAUGGUCUGAGUUUACAUUUGAUCAUGCUAUAAGAUAUAAUGAGCUGUCUCUUACAGAGAAGCUCACAGUUCUUGAGGCAUCUCUACAGUUCAUUCUGAACAGUAGCACUGAAGACGCUAAAGAUGAUGAAGACAAGCCACUUGGCUGGGAGAAGAAGUAUGAUUUUCUCUUGGGUUUGGUGGAGCAGCUUCAUGCCACAAAUGCAACUUUGGCAGAACACAUUUUAUUAAAUGUACUUGACAUAAUCUCAGAGCUUUCACCACAAAGUAGGGGCAUUUUGGGUCAAAUGUUGUUCAACAGAAUCUGGACCCCAACAGAAAUAAUGCUCUUCAUUUGCAAAAGUCCAGGUAUCAAAUGUGAUCAACUCGAUUCAGUUCUCCACACGGCACAAACCUACCACCUGGACUGCAUCCACGUUCUCUCUGCUCUUACGAAUGAAAACCCUCUAAUGUUUCUUGAAGAACAAAUAAAAAACGACAAAGAAAAAGAUGCUGAUACAAUUGUGAAGGAACUUCGUGAAGCAAACUGUCCAGAGAAAGUCUUGGUGCUGUUGAAGGAUGUGCUUCGAUACGUAGAGUCGGAACUCCCAAAAUAUAAAUUGGUGGACCUUACUGAAGAAAAAGUCGCUGAUUUGAAAAGGAAGAUAACAUCCCUUAAUCUUACAAACCCAGAUAUUGACAUUCUGAAAGACGUAUUAAUUGGAAUGUCAAUAGCAGUGCAAGACUGCUCAACAAUCACCACAAAAGACAACAUGAAGAUUCAAGGCUAUUUUCCAAGGUGUACACAACUAGCAUCGUUGCUUUUGCUCCUACUGGCACAGCUGACAGAAGAUAAAGGAUGUCUUCUAGAGAUUGGCACAGGUGAGGGAAAGUCCUGUAUCUUAGCCAUGUUUGCAACAAUUCUGGCAAUCCGUGGAACAAAAGUGGACAUUGUGACAAGCUCUCCAGUUCUAGCCAGACGAGAUCAAGAAGAGUGGAAAAAGUUUUUUGAAAUGUUUGGUGUCACCUCAUCGGUAGUACCUCCAUGUUACUCAAGUAACUAUUCACCAGAGGAACAAGAGGAACAUCUUAAAGAUGCUUACAGGCAACAAAUAGUAUAUGGCACAGUGGGAGUCUUUGCAGCAGACACACUUAAACAGGAAUUUGAGAAGAGAACUACUCGCGGUACAAGACAAUUUGAGCUUGUAAUAGUGGAUGAAGUGGACUACAUGACAUUGGACAAUGGAGUUCAAGUAACAUUCUUGUCCCAUGAAUCUAGUGGAUUUAGGCACGUAGAGCAAGUGCUUUCCAACAUAUGGGCCAUGAUAUCUACUUGUCAACCAGUUGAAAUGCUUGAAACACGGGAGAUAAAAUGGGCGACAAGGAUACAGUACUUUCAUAAAGCCGUAACAGCAGCCGUCAUGGGACUGGAAACAGACAGCUUUUCAGCAAAUGAGAUCUUGCUGCCUGGAGUGACUUUGGAAUUUUACACUCAGGAGGACAUUGAAAUUAUACGUCAAGCUGAGACCAAGAAAGGAAAUGAUGAUGAUGGAAAUGAGGACAGAAUGUCCAAAGCAUUAUCUGAAGUCAUGAAGAAACUUGGAGUUUCACAUCAGUAUGAUCUACUGAGUAUAUUUGAGGAGGUCUUGGAGAACAGUGCAGUGUUUAAGUGCUAUACGUUAGAGAAUAAGAAAGCAAAAUGUUUUGAAGCUCAGGAAAAACGAGGUGACCUUAAUGUUGAAAUGCUACUGCUGGAAGGAGGACUGGCAUGUGAAAUCAUGUCUGAGAAAUCCCUCAUUGAUGCAACUGUAAGCACAAUAAAGUCAUAUAUCAAGUACUCAGAUAACCUCCAAACAGCCGAAGAAUCCACCAACUUCAUUGUCAUCCCGGUUUUCUUGAAAAGCUACGUUGAGAAUCAGUUACCAGUUUUUGUUGAGAAUGCACUAAAGGCUGUUGAGAUGUCACGGGGCCGGGAAUACAUGAUCGACACCUCACCGGCCGGUGAAAGAGUUGCUGACAGUCAUGACAUAGACGAGUAUAAUGCAAUAAUUCCAGUGGACUUCAAAGCGAGCGGUGUGCUGGAGAAAAACAAGAAGUGGGGUAAUGGUCUGCAACAAUUUUUGGAGUUCAAGCACCGACUUGCGAUUUCUCCAAUAUCCAACGUGACAAACUACAUGUCAAAUUUCCAUUAUUUUCAAAGGUAUCUCAGUGGGAGUGGUAUAUAUGGGGUUUCUGGUACAUUAGGAGGUAAGGCAGAUCAGGGCUUUCUGGAAAGACAUUAUAAAGCCAAGAGCUACACUGUACCUGCACAUCGCCAUAAAAGGGUGGUGGAGCUUCCAGUCGUCCAGGUGAAAGGUGGGAAUCACCAAUGGAUUCAGACUAUUUGUGAAACUUCAUGGAAAGUAGCAGACAGAGGGCAAGUUGUCUUGGUAAUUUGUGAAGAUGUUAAAACAGCAGAUGAACUACAUGAGAAAAUACAAGAUGGUGGCAGAUUUAAGGCAGAACAGAUUACUCUGUACACAAUCAGCGAGAAGCACAACAUUGAAAGAGAGAAAUUCAGUGCAGGCAGAAUAAUCAUUGCUACAAAUCUCGGAGGACGGGGUACAGACAUCAAGGUUGAUGAAAGUGUGAAUAAGUGUGGUGGUCUUUUCGUUCUUCUUACUCACUUUCCACCCAACCGAAGAGUGGAGAAACAAAUAUUUGGUCGUACGUCUCGAAAAGGCAAUCCUGGGAUGGUCCAGAUGGUUGUAAACUGUGAUCAUCUCGCACCAGCUUACCAAGGUCAGUCUGUGGAAAUCAUGCGCCAGCUAAGAGAAGAUUAUGAAACUAAACGAAUUCACGACAUGGAAAGUGAUGAGCUGGUUGAAAUAAACCUAAAGGAAAAACUGUUCUCCACUUUUUGUACAUUGCUGAAAAACUUUGAUGGGCAUUACACACAUCAAGAAAAACUGGACCCCAUUGGAAUGCAGCUCCAAAAUAUUCCUGAUUGCUUUAAACAUCAUCAGCCUAAGUUUGAUUAUCAGCCAGCCAUCAACGCUUUGAAAGAAUCUUGGGCCUUGUGGUUGACCCUUCACGAAGAUCACAUCAAUAGGCAUGAUGACUUCAGACAACUUGAAGCAGACCUUAUCAGGACAAUAAACGAAACAAGUGUAAAGCUGCUGCAAGGACAAUGUAAUAAUUUAUAUGAUCACAUCAAACAGGCAAUUGUAAGAACUGAUCUACACUGCCGCGACAAAUCCAACAAUGCCUUUGGAGCCGAAUCCUAUUGGCAAAAAGUUGCUAACUUUGACCCACACUACAAGGCUGUGGCACUCUAUAACCAGGCAUACAUCACCAUCAACCUCGGUAAGGGUAACUAUAAAGCAGACGCUAUGAAACUGCUGGAAGACGCAAAGAAAUCCAUUGACGUCUACGUCUCAGAAGUUUCAAACACAAUGGUCUCAAGUAACUUAUCAGUCACUGGUAACAAAGAUCAGAGUACAGACAACAACAACUUUCAGAGUCAAAUGGAGGCCAGAAUGAACAUCUUUAAGUCUUGAAGGACGUACAUUGAUAAUGCAUCAGCUAAACUUAAAGAGCUGGAGAAAAACAACAAUGACGCCAUUACAGAAGACUGUUCAGUCUACAUGCUUUCUGAA